AUGGUCGAGGAUCGUCGCAUCAACGGCGAAACGAUUCCAAGUGGCUCGCAAGAUCCCAGCCGCCGACAAGAGCUCAACGAAGCCCUCUGGCUACCCAUGUGGCAUUUGCACCUAUCGAAAGUUGGCCUUUAUGGUAGCGCUCCAGGCGUCGUGUUCAGCACCGGAGACAAUACUAAAUUCUCCGUCGGCAUGAACUGCCCCGACACUGCCUUGGGUGGAACGAAUUCUAUUGGGCUCUUGGUCGGACACGAUGCCGAAGGCGUUGCGGAGCGCGCAGACGGAAAUGGCUACGCUCCCGAGACAGCCAGGACGAAUGGGCACACUUGCACUGGCCGUCGAGCUGCAGACUUGGGGUCCGCCAACUACGCCAUUCUAUCUGUUCAACAAGGGAUUGCGGACGACAAUAACUUCGGCAAUUGA